AAGGAGCUGCAGGGUAAACAGUCUGUUUGAAACAAUGCAGUCCAUGCAGCUUGUUGUGUUUGGCUUUGUGCUUGCAUGUUUGAGGCUUAAUGACGCUCGAUUCCUCAGUAUGAGAUUGCCAACGUAUCUGGGUUGGAGGAGCAGAAGCCUGCAGAGGUGGAGGCCGAGCCGGCAGCACGACCUGAGAGCGGGAACUCCAGGGAGUCUGCAACACAAACUGCAGGGAUUCUUCAAAGGAAGAUCUGGCCAGAAAUCGAACCGUUCUCCUGGAAGUUUCCAGAAGAUCCAGUGGAGCUGAAGAUCAUGCCUCCUGUUGAGCUUAAGCAGCAGCAGCAGCAGCAGCAGGUGACGAAAGAACGUGUUGCAGUGAGGUGUUGGGAGAGUAAGAUCCAGGUGGAGGUGAGUCAGGACCUGUUGGGUCUAAGCAGUAGGGUGAAACCAGAGGAGGUCACGCUUGGUGGUUGUCCAGCCACAGAGGUCGACGACUCUUCUCAUGUGCUAGUGUUUGAAAGUGAGCUGCACGACUGUGGAAGCAUACUAGUGAUGACAGAGGAUGCCUUUCUUUAUGCCUUUAAGCUGGUCUACAAACCCAGAGUGUUGGGCAGAAGUGGCAUCAUCAGGGCUCAGAGUGCCGUCAUCGGAGUGGAGUGUCACUACCCGAGGUGACCUGGAUCACACAAAAACAACCCUUCAGUUUGACCUGUGGACAAAAAUAAACUGAUUUAUAUGUAAUAUGAAAAAUAAAUUUAAGUUUUUACCUUUA